UGUGCUGCACUCCGACUUCAGUCCCCAGCAGGACAGGGGAAUAGGCCAAGCUGCUUGGCACAGAGGAGGAAGAGCCGCCCAGAGCUCUCCUCAGGCUGCCAUGGGACAAUGUGACCCAGAGAGCAGCAUUGCAGGCACACAGCCCUCCAGACAGGGACAGUACUUGAGCAGGGCACACUUCAGCCCCCUCAUGGCCCAGGAGGCUGGGGACGAGGGUGCAGUGGGGUAUCCUGGCUCUGUGCACUGCAGCUGGGACGGUGGCACAAAGCUCAGCAGGUUGGAGACUCCGCUUUCGAGGCCCCGAAGCUCAUGUCAGAGGCAGGCAGGUCAGUGCUUUCUGCCUCCCCAUGCCCGCCCCGCGGGACUGGGGACGUGGGCACGGUGGGCUCAGACAGGGCUGUCCUCACAGGGCAUUCAGCAGCCACCAGCAGCACCCACCAGGGUCGCUGCCAGCGCUUGUUUACCCUUGAGCAGAUCAAGAAGGCCAAGCUGCAUGUGGAGAUGGCUGUUAAGGAGAAGAAGAUCUUCAUGGUGCAGGGCCCCUACCCCAUCAUCCGCCAGCUGCUGCGAGCCCGGGGCUGGGUGGAGAGGAAGGCGCCCAGGACGGGCAGACAGCUGGAGCAGCACUGCAGUGACCAAAACAGGCAGCGGCAGCACACGGCGCCAGGCAGUGCCAAGCAGAGGGAGGUGCUGCUGAACCCACGUGGUGGGGCACAGCCUGUUGUGGAGAGCACAGACCCCCUGCACCACCCAUGGCUACCUGCCGAGAAGGAGGAGGAGCAGUGCGAUGAGGACCCGCUCUGCAUCCACCGCCUCAUGUCCUACCUGGCACGGGACCAGUUGCCAAACUUCAUCUGGACCAACUUCAUUGAGACCGUUGACCGCCAGCUGCUGCAGGAGGACAGCGUGCUGAACCACUAUGCCCGGGUGGAUGCAUUCACCACCAAGGAGGGGCUGUGCCUCAGCCUACAAAACCUGCCGUGGAUUGAGAAAGCUGACCCCAACGCCUUCUUCCCCCGGUGCUACAGGCUGGGGACCAGAGAUGAUCGAGAAGCUUUCAUUGAGGAUUUCCGCCUGACAGCAGCACGCAGCCUGCUCAAACUGGCCCUGGAGGAGGCUGGGGACAGGCCAGUGAGGACUGAGCAGAUCCCAAACUCUAACAAUAGGGAAGCACAGCCAGGCUCCCCCCUGUACCCUGAGCUGGUAGAGGAAGCCCUGGAGGUCUGUAAGCAGCACCUGGGCGUUCUGCAGCACGAGGACAUCGACAGGAACACCCCGUCCCCCUGCAGGACAUGCAUCGACUGGGACAACUUCCUGCGGCAAUACUACCGUGUGGCACAUGAGGGGGCAGGGCUGGUGCUGACCAGGCAGCAGCGGAAGCAGUGCCAGAACCUGCUGCAGAGCCUGGCAGAGAAGCUGCCCCAGCUUGACAUGGAGGGCAAGCUCAACGUCUGGAUCCUCAAGCCUGGUGCUGAAUCCCAAGGCAGAGGCAUCAUCUGCAUGACGCGGCUGGAGGAGAUGCUGCAGCUGGCAUGGAGCUGCACAGCACCCUCGGUGCAGGUGGGCAGGUGGGUGGUGCAGAAGUACGUGGAGCGGCUGAUGACCAUCUUUGGCACCAAAUUCGACAUCCGGCAGUGGUUUGUUGUGACUGACUGGAAGCCACUGACCGUCUGGUUCUACCAAGACUGCUACCUGCGCUUCUGCUCGCGGCCCUUCUCCCUGCAUCACCUGGAGCGUGCCAGGCACCUCUGCAACGUCUCCGUCCAGAAGUGGUACAAGACGUCACCAGACCAGGACCCCCGUGUGCCCCCCGACAAGAUCUGGUCAAACAAGCAGUUCCAGGAAUACCUGGCACAGGUGGGGCAGGCAGAUGCUUGGCACGGGGUGCUGGUGCCCGGCAUGAAGGCGGCAAUCCUGAACGCUCUGCGCAGCGCCCGGGACCGGGUGCGCUUCCGCAAGGGCAGCUUCGAGCUCUAUGGGGCCGACUUCGUUGUUGGGGAGAACCUCCAGCCCUGGCUGCUGGAGAUCAACUCCUGCCCCACCAUGAGCCCCUCCUCGGCAGUGACCCGACAGCUCUGUGCCAACGUCCAGCGGGACACGCUGCGCCUCGUGCUCGACCGCAAGGACAACCCCAGAUGUUCCAUUGGAGCGUUUGAGCUCAUCUACAAGGAGGUAGACUGGGGGGAUGGGGGCCACACACCCCCCAGACACCCUGAGCCCCUCCAAUACCUGCUGUCUCCCUGCAGGCAGCUGUGCCCAAGCUUCUGUCAGGACGUGUGAAGCUGCUGGUCAAAGGCUGUUCCCUGAAGAGCCUCCAGUCAGAACAAGAGCAAGCCCGGGACCAGCUCCCCAGGAC